CAGAGGCUCCACCCUUCAGCCCCUGAUGACGACAGCAGCGGAUGAACCCUCUCAUUGGGAAUGGACAAGAGGAUACUGCAUGAUGCCACUGAUUUGUAGUCUCCAAGGCAACAAAAUGACAAUCUUACCUCCUCUUGAAUGGCAAAAAAGCACACUGAUUCGCCUGUUAGGUAAUCCGUGACAUUUAUCCAAAUGAGGGGAGGAGGGAGGGAGACAGCUCCUCUGCACGGACUCAUUCACAAAUAUAUUCAAGGACAAGUCAAUGUCUGCAGAAUUUACGAGCAAUGCUUUCUACUCCUGUAUAACUUUCUUUUUAUUUCUCUUUAUUAAAAGCAUGAGGAGAUUUCCAUACAUGCUUUAACUGCAGAUUGUUAAAAUAAUUUCUAAGAAUGUCCUUAAAGUGGAUCUGACCCUUGUUAAGUAUGACCAGGACCUUUAUGACUGUCGACCCCUACCCCUCAAAUAAAGCACUGCUAUUUUCCCCCUCAUAACUUGCUCUGUAUCUUUAGUUCAGUUUAGUAAGGUGCACAAGAGGAGUCAAGUUUUGAGGGCAUGUCGUGAAAUGCCAGUAAACCUCUUCUGCCACCUUCUGGUCAACCAAGGAUAAGACCCAAACGGUCUUAUUCUUGCCAACAAACAGGUAGUGGUAUAAUUUUCUUCAUAGAAAUGGUGAAGUAUGCUGUGGUUUUGUAACUGUAAUAAAACAACAUUCAAAUGCAGUACACAGCUUCAGCAAAUCCAACAGCCUGACCUUCAUUGAAAUCCCUGCAGCAGAUGGCCUACAUGCCCUGCAGAAGUGAACACAGUCUGAAUUUGAUUUUUUAAAUGUUACAUGAAUUUUUAUUUUCUAAACAGCAUCUAAAAAUCAAGUCAUUCACCAAUUUUUUAAUAUACUUAAAGAGAUGGAGUAUUGUGCUAACCAACAUAACUUAUAAUCCAUUUGAAAGUUUGGUCACAGAUUGAUGCACAAGUCUCUCAAAUUCACUGAUUAGUAAGGGUACUGACAUUUAAAAGGAGAUUUUAGGUCUGAAGUGUUUGUUAAACAGGGGGACACUUAAAGUACAGCGAGUAACAUUUACGGAUGUUACUCUAAUUUAGUUGCUUUUUGGUACUACUUUUUAAAAUGAGUAGACCUACCUUUACUUUUACUUCAGUACUUUCUUUCCACAUUUUAUUAAGCAUCAAGUACUCAGGACUUUGGGUUCAUUUUAAAUUAUGUACUUUCACUUGCGUAGAUUAACUGACAAAUACGAGGCACAUUUGAAUAAUUUUCAUUGAAGUACCUGCCAAAAAGGACCAGGUAUACAGUACAUCUUAGCAGAGUUUUAGGCCCCUGGCACUUCUGACUGGGAGAUCGAAGUCUGCAGCCUUGCAAAAUUUCUAGAUGAUCUGGUCAGGGAAGCUGCGGAGCUGUUUGGGGACUGAAAACUGCAAUGUGCACCUCAAGAAAAAACAACAUAUCAAUAAGUAAGUUGCACUUUCCUCCAUAUGUCUGACGUAAGAGAACAUUUUUGACAUCGGUUCAUGUUUGCUCUGAUUUGUGAUACAUCUCCUGUGCUUGAGGUGAAAAUCUGAAGGAAGAGCAAAGGGGUGGCCUGUACAGUACUGCGGCCCUGGAUAAGCUAACUGACAGCACUGGACAUAAAAUCUAUAGAGGUGAGAUGCUACAAAGAAGAGUAAAACCAAAGGGGCUGUUGAGGAACUCUCUGAGCUACAGUCAGAAAGCUGGAGCAGGCUGUCAGGAUAUUGAUCAACAUACAUUUCAUGCAGUGGUGAUCAAUGACUCUAAAUGCCAGGUUGGAAACACUGUGAGCUCAGUUGGUAUCACUGAACAUCUCAACAAAUUUAAAUAUCAGGGAAAAAUCUUUAGGUAAACAUUCAUAUAUUUUUAUGUCUGUUGCAUGUAGAUGAGAUAAAUCAGACCAUGUUUUGUUGAAAUUUUGUUGACUACAGACUACUCAUGAAAAUCAAAUACAGAUCAUAAACUUUUACAAUAUCAAUCAAAAGAGGAUUUAAACUACCCAAGUACCCAGCUCCUCGGUAGUGUCUUUAUGUGUAUACUUAAAACUCAGCCGGGGUGCCUUAACCAUGAUUUUUUUUCCAAAAUUACUUCUCUCUUAAUUUCAACAUGGUUAAGGCCUAGUGACCGAAUAAGUUUUCUAUUCCGAGUUAAUAUCUCCAUCAACAAAAGUAAAGAAACUAAAAUUCAAGGAGCAGUAAAACUCUUCAUUAUCAUUUUCUCUUAUGGGCAGUUGUGUCUGACUGUGGCCUCUUAAAGGGAAAAUGUGCAUUACAAAAAUAGCUUUUAUUUUGAGCCAAUGACACAAAAUGACCACAAGAUGUCACUGGUGUAUACAGCAUGUAUUGCCAGGAUGAAUUGUUUGGAGUGCAGUUAAUAAAAUGAGAUUGAACUGAAAUAAAUCACCACUGCACCUGGCACAAACUAAUAUAAAUGCCCAGUAAUGUUAGAAUAAUGUUCCUUGACAUGAAAUUAUAAAGUACCGUAGUUGGGGAUUUUAUCAUCGACUGUAUAUUUGAUUAUCAGAAGAUCCAGAAUCCAAUCCUGAAUGGCCUACAGGUUUUUACAGGUAUGACUUUUUUUCACUUUUACCUUCGAUAGUACAGCAAGACAAUGACAAACCAUGAUCUGCAUGUAUUGAAAUGGCAUCACUGAAGCACAGGGAUCCAGGUGUUAAACUGUCCUAAACAAAGUCCUGACUUGUUACCACUAUGAAACAAAAUGAUAUGGCACAAGAAACCCCAAGCUCGACAAGCACGAGUUGGACCUUCAAAACACCAGAAACCGGUCUCUUUGGUUUCCAAAUGUUUACAGGGUUUUUUAAGAAGGUGUGAUGCACCACAACGGUUAACAAACCCAAACCCCAACACUUUUUGAGACUUGAAGUUAAAAAUUUUCCAAACUUCAAAAUAAUUUACCUAAAGUAUUUGACAUGCUGCCUGUUCACUAUUUUCAGUUACACAGUAUAGGGUCUUUUUUGGGGAAAUAGCGACCUCCUCUGUUCAUUCUGAGGACUGUGAAGGGCAGACCAGCUGCUUUGGCCAGUGCUCCACAUAAACAGCUGCACAUCUGGGCAGGCAGAGAUGCCUCGGGGGAGCAGAGGGGAGGCUGAGGACCGACUGCACAACGUGCAAAUGAACGAGGCCCUGAAGGGGACGGCAGUCGACAAGCACCCGUUGCACUUUUGGCCGCAUUUCGAAAUAGGCCUAAUUUUUUUUUCUCCUCGCAGUCUGAAAAAGUCAGAUGUCUUCCAGCAGAGCAGUUUCAUUCUUGUUGUGGUCAUUGUUCUUUACUGCUUUUGCUGAUGAAUUAAAGGAAACAAUAAGAAGUAUGUAUUGUUCUCCAGGGUUACACGGGUGAAUUUAUUAUCCUAGUUUAAACAGAUGUCGUCGAGGCACCAUGCACAAAAAAAGCCCAAUGAAAAUAAUCCUCACUUAGCGCUCUGCAGAAGGGCUCAGUAUCACAUGCAGGAAGUAUGUUUUCACAGAGAUCUGGAGUGUUUCCAUGUUCUCACUGUUUUUUUUCUUGCAUGUGUUUAUGUCUAUUAGUGUAAGCAUAUGCAGGCCCACAGGUUUAUCCUGUGUGGGGACAUUGGUGUGUAUUUCUUUUCCUUAUGUACGCGUGUGUGUAUGUGCAUGUGUGUUGCUGAGGGACAUCUGAUCCCUGGGCUCGCCGCACGCCACGCUUGCUCGCUUGCAGGUGGUCUGUCCACACUCGGGGGUUGAGCAGAUUUAAUAUUUCAUAGGAGCGCAGUACACCCCUGGACGCCAUCAUGGCCGGCCGGAAAGCUGCUUUGUGAACACUCAGCUGAAAAAUGCGGCCUGCCAGCCCCCUCUCCUCCAUGCUGCUCGAUGUCUUGCUGGGCCUCACAAUUAAAAAGCCAACCACAGCUACAGAUGUUGGCAGCUGUCUUUAACCCUUGAGAUGCCACGUUGCAGACCCAGUCGGCCAUUUAAGCGUCAAAAUAAGCUUAAAGAAAAGUACAGUUGCUACAUAUUUAGCUGGUACUUUAAUUUGUCUGAUCAAGAAGAGGUUAUACGUCAAAAUAAGGCGGGAAGACAAAUAUGGCGCAAAGACAGCUGCAAAGGCUGACUGUGGCAGUUUAUUUUGAAAGGUUCCAGGCCAAGUACUCUAGCUCCUCCACUUUUAAUGCCUCCCCCAUCCUUAUGCACCAUAUAAACAGGAAACCAAAAAGUGUUUAUGACCUCCUUUGCAGAGUCCAGUGUUUAGGUUGAUGAAAUUUAGGGCGCAGGUCAAAAUUUCAUCCACCAAACCUCUCUUGUUGCAUGUUUGCCAUCACAUGCGUUCGGUGCGGUUGGACUUGAGCCAAAGUGAACAUAGGGGACCCCACCAGAACCGUUUUUCAACAAGGUCAAACCCGAUUUAGAUUUGGAAACCAAAGCCAAAGCAGGGCAUCUUGAAGCUGUUAGGAAAGUAUUCUAGAUCUUAAACAGACUUGGGGGACUGUGUACAUCUCCCUAAUUGCACAUGUCAAUUUAUGUACGGGAACUUGGUUUAGUAAACUCCAUUACCUCCCCACCCUCACCCCCACCCACCCUCCUUACUCACUCUUUUGGUUUAGACUGCCACUGUUACACACUGUCUGUGUCAUACACCCAUGAAACGUCCAAAAUAAAGAAGUGCUAGGCUUAAACACCGUAACCAAUGUGCUUACAUAGAUGCACAGAGCAUCUACUGACAGUUAGCCACUGAGACAAACCAUGUCAGUUCACAGCUUGACAGCUUGUUAAUGUUGUGUGACUUCUCCUGCAACAAAGGAUGCAUAGCAGAAACGCAAGACUGCAUGUAAUUAAUCCGAUCCCGGCAAUAACUCUCUCAAAUAUUUACUGUUCCUCACUGUCCUCGGUGAGGGAGACAAACGCAGAGCUCCACACAGACCCCACACAACCAUGAGGGUUCAGAGUCUCCGGCCAAGCAGGUGAAGAAUGUUGUUGUGCACUUUUUGGACCUUCAGGGCCAAUAUAAUGUUCUAACACGCUGAUCAUAACCCUGUAGGGAUCUAAGUACAACAACGCUGUCAUCACCUGCGUCGUGAGAUUGAGGGUUGAUGGUGUGACACAACUGAGCAGCAUCCAUGGGAGACUGGAUAGGCAAACACAGCAUGGAGGCCUUUCUUCUUUAGUCAUUUUCUACUAUUUUUCCAAAGUGAACAUUGAGGAAAUUAUGUUUUAACUCAUUUGAACCCUUAGUUUUUCAUAUGUAAGCUGACAGGACAGUUAAAAGUUGCUCUGUCUGUUCACGCAAGAUAUAAAACUUUAAAGCGUAUACCUUUGCCACAGUGGAGUUGAUUUAUUUUGCCGUAGCCUCACAGCCAGAGUUGAACUGGAGUCUGACUUUGAUUUUAUGAAUUCAAGACUUCACAAACAAACUAGCACCCCACAAGCUAACUAAGUCAACAAAACACUACAUUUUUUUGUGUGGAUUAUUUUCAGGGAUGUCCCAAUCUCUACUUUCAGGUCAGAUACAUAUAUUUGGAUUGGUCACUUACCCCAGCGUCUCACCCUGGUCACUAACCCCAGCUGUCAUUGAACGUGAUUUGCAGCAGAACUCAAACACAUGCCCACUGUUCUGGGUUUGCAUAGCUGUAUACUGAAUUAGAAAAGCAGACGUGAUAAACAUGAUACUGCGCCUCCAGAGCCACACUUAACCAAAAUCAGGACCGUCUGUUACAUUUGCAUCGCAUUAGCAUUAGCAACCCCAUGGCUAAAAUGUCAGCAGUGUGGAAAUAUUUUUAAGCUUGGAAGUGAAAACAGUCUGAUAGCCACUAGCGAUGUAUGCCAUACGAUCGCUUUUUGAGGUGGUGGAAGUAGAGCUGUGUUCAAUACUACCAGAUUGAAAGCUAAAAAAACGAAAUAUGUAAUAUUAUACAAGAAGAAUAAAUAUCCCGGAGAGAAAGACAAGGCCAAAAAAAGUUAAAAAGAAGGUGGUUGAAUGCAUUUCUUGGACCAUCUCUGAAGUGGAGUAUGCACUGGAUGCCUUGUCCACAUAGUUUUAGAUACAAGAGCUGUACAGCAAAGAUUGUGAGCACUUACAAGGUGACUGGAUGAGACCAACUGGACAUUUGGAGCUUUGACAUUCGUCUCGCGUCAUUACUGAGCCUCUAACCUCACUCAGGUGAUUCCUCCACUUUCCAGUUUAGGUGAUCCAGGUAAGUCAUAGUAAGGUAAGUGCUGCUUCUAUUUAGAUACAAACGGCUGCAAAUAAAUUGCUUUUAUAUUCAGGUGGUUAUGCACUCAUUUAAACAUGCUUAUAAAUAUUAAACUCAAUUUCUGCCAUGUCAAUUCUGCUACUUGCCAUUAAAUAUUACAGACUGUGCCUUUUCUCUGUAUUUUUCCCCCAUCAUUGUUUGUCCUUCAGUGGCCAAGUUUAAGCCGCCGACAGACAGAGGAGAAGCUAAACUUACUGCAUCCAAAUAAAAGUAUGAUGUAUGCUCAUGUGAUGUUGGUGCUCUGUUUGACCUUUACUCCAGCAAAAUAUUGACUAAACAUCGCAUAACUCACUCAACACUGACACUGGGGCUAAGAAGAAUAAGGCUUCACAUUAAAACAUCUAUUUUCAGCUCCUCUGCUCUUUUUUUGGGGGGGGGGGAUUUGGGUAAAUAGAUGUGUUUGAGAAGCAAUUAUCUAACCAACACUUCUAGUUUGAGGAUGAAAGUGAUGCAAAUCUCAGGAAUAAGGGACUUUUUAUCAUACAUGAUUGAAGGGGCGCAGAUGACUGAGUGGGUUUGCGCACCCCAUGUAUGAGGUCACGUGUCCGAGUCAGAAUUAAAGAAGAUACAUCUCCAUCCAGAAGAGAACUACUAAAACUCAUCUAAAGUACAGAUAUUUAACCCUCCUCCUGUGUUAGGGUCUAAACUGACCUGUUUUUGUUUUUAAAUGCUAAAAAGAACCACAUAAAUUUGCUUUUUUGCAUCAAGAAUUUUUGACUUUGUCAGGAACCUCUAUUUCAACAAAACAGAAAUAAAAAAUCUAAAUUGACUGAAUUAUAAAAUGCUCUUAUUAAAAUUAUGGCACGUGUCAUGUUAGGGUCGCUGUUGACCCGGUUAGAUCAAUAUCUAAUAAUUAGAGCAAAAAUAUAAUCACAAGUGCAUUGUCAGGAAACACACUGACAGUCAGAUCCUCUUCCAAUCAUGUGAGAUUUAGGAAAUUCUUAUUUUUCCAUGUUUAUCUCUGCACAAAAAACAACGUCGGGCAUGUCCAGACAUGUGAGAUCAGUUCAGUAUAGAUGUCUGUAUGAGGGGUAUACUGACAAAGAAAGGCCCAGAGGCCCACAACGAAAAAUAUUAUAAUUAAUAUUUUCAUGGAUAAUGAAGCCUAACAAGGUAACCUGGAGAUGAGAACUAAAUUGAAUGAUAGAGAAUUGUUUUUAGUGUAAUUUACAGCUGAUUUACGUCACGGGUUGAAACCGACCUUUAACAUAGUGAGUGGGUAGUAAAAGCUAACACAGGAGGAAGGUUAAAACUGUAGGUGCACUGUUUAUGAAAGUAAUUCCUUUCUGAUGAAUUCACUUUAAAUCAGUGUGAAAUCAUGGCACUAAUUGAAGGAGAGGGUCCUUGUUGUGAGCCAUAAUAGUUUCAAACACUAGAGGGUAGCCUUUUCAAGCUGAAUUAGCCGUUUCCCACUCCACUGAGAUAAAGUUACCCUGCCCAACCAAAAAUAUUUCAAUAGAAGGUAGAUAGGGCCAUUAAAAUACCUCCUAAAGGUCACAGAAAGCCAACUUCAAGGUUUGUUGUCUCACCAGUUCUGAGUUACACCAAGAGGCGGUCGGGAUGCCUUAUGGGCCUAGCAGAGAGGGGGGUCCUGUCUUUCUACAGGUUCACAGAGAAAGAUGGCCGAGCAUGUUUGCUCAUGCCAUGGGACACAAUGUUUUCAGAGAAACAGCAGGAGCAAGGGUUGGAGGGCGGAGGACGUGGGGGGAGUAGAAGGAAGAAGGAGAAGGAGGAAGGAGGGGAAAGAACUCUGGAGGAGUCUGGUGGCCACAUGUCGCCGUUGCUGCUCUGUGCUUGGGUUUCGCAGGCUCUCGUGCUAAACAUUGAUGCAGAGGCUGGAAAUGAACACAGAGGUUGGGUGGUGGACUGGUGAGAACAAAGAUUCAGGCAAGACUGUCCUCUUCCUCAGAAUUCAUCUGUCUUGUUUUGUCCUGGCAGCUCUGAAGCACAACUUCCAACAGCAACCAGAUAAAGGACUGAACUCAAAUAAUCCAGACCAGGAGCAGGAGAUUAGUCCUAAAUAUCAGCACCACCCCCAGUAAGGAUGGGGACCGUUUUAGUCUUAUUGAGACAAUUCAAAGUCUGAUCUGAUUACUAACCGACAAGGGAUACUUUUCUAUGAAUUAAGAGAACGACAUGAAGUCAUUUUUUGAUAUUAUUUUUUAAUUAUUUUUCAAAUGAGUUGAGCAAAGUCUGAGUUGACUUUUUCAAUUUUUCAAUUUUGGCUGAUUUCAUCCUGAUGAAAAUAUCCCGUCUUCCUUUCAUCAGACUAUGAAAACAUCACUCAACUAAAUCUUCUCUAUAGUGUAAAGAAACUAUUUUGCAGUGUCUGCAAGGGGCGCACACUCCCACCCUGCAGCAGUGGUUUCAGACAUCAAUAAUCAAUAAGAGAUUAGAUUGAACUUUAUUGAUCCUUUUGAGAAGGUUUCCUCACAGGAAGUGGUCAAUCUUAGUGCUGAUGGUCUCCUUUGCUUUUGUAGCCAAUAAAGAUGCAACUCGAUUUAUUACAGCCUGUUUUUAACUAAAUAAAAUCUCUGCACAGGAGCUCUAAACUGUUUCACAGCUUCUCAGUUGCAGAGUUUAAGGGUUUUUUUUUUCUGUCUUUGUGAGGAUUCCCAAAAAUAUUCCUCACAACCUUCAAAAUAAAAGACCUCUCUAAAAAUGUACAUUCCUUAAAAACACUUGAAUUUUGACUUUUGCUGCUUUGUCUCAGUGUCAAAAUGAAGAGUUUUUCUUUGAACACUGUUACAACAUGUUUGAUGUUUUCUCAACUUGACCAACCCCGUGUUGCCUUGCUGCGAGCAGACAUAUUAGUGUCAGAGACACCCAGAGCUAUGUCACAUUACCACACAGUAAAACAGGUUAAAGAGGACCUUAAUUGCUUGCUUGCUGUCCUUUGAAAAGCUCUGUUUUCCUUGGAAGAAAACGUUCCUAAAGCAGACGAGCCGAGGUCGGAGCAGAAGGAGAGAGCCACAUCAAACGAGGAGAGUGCAUGAAUCUGUCAGCGAUGAAGGGCUAUUACUACAGUAGCAGCACCCUGCCUCAGGGAAUGUGCUGUCAGCUUCCUCAUUAAAACACUGACCUGGACAGGAGAGAGCCUCGGGGUAGCUCACAUUUUCAGGUUGACUCCUUCGCUUUUGCAAAAAAAAAAUCCAGUGCGCUCAGAAAAAUGCUGUAUUUUAAUGUUAGAAUGUGCACAUGUGUGCGAGGGAUAAACAACAUGUGUGCAUGUGUGUGUUCGCAUCCUGUCUGCCCAAUUAGAAACACAAACACAUCAGAUCUUAAACAAGCUUACCACAUCCAACUUCUGCGAGCAAUUAGAAAAGCAUCAACACCAUUACGCAGCGACUCUGACACGCUAUGCCUAAACCCGUCACCUCUCCCAGUGAGUAAACACACACAUUGGUGAUAAAGCUAAUGUGGCUCUGGCUAAACGGGCCUCAUGAGGAGUGAAAUGGAGUGAUCAAUCUCCAUCACGGCUAACCAGGCAUCGGUGUGUCUGGCCUGGGGACAGGGGAACCACCGCAGAGGUUGUGCAGAAGUUAGUGAACCUGUCUGUCUCCUGUCAGACUGCUGUCACACACACAUAAAGCCAAGCAUCAAUACGCAGCGGCCUUUUCCCUUGUUUUCCCGGCCUAUACGCACUCAAUGCACAUGUUUUGAUUGCUGACGGCCAUGUCAGGAGUCAAGUAGAGCCUCUUAAAAUGUGGCCUGGGGGCAAGGGUCAUCCGCUAAUGAGUAAAAGCUUUUUUUUCCCCUUUGUUGGCAAGGAGGGAGUAAGGAAAUGUGCUCACUAGGUGGUAGAGAGGUGAGGAGGGGGAGGGAGGGGGGAGAGAACGUGUGAAGGGAUGGGUAGUGGCAGGGGAGAGGAAGGGUGAAAGGGCCGAGCGGGUGGGGGGAAGGGGGUGUCAGGAAGUGGAGCAAGAGGGGAGGCAAGAGGUGAGGUCUCAGGUGAGA